AUGUUAAAACUCGCGACACGAACAAACAGGGCGGCGAUGCGAGGUGUGGGCCCUCGCGCCUUGGAGCUUAUGCGUGCGUCACCCAUGGGUGUACGUAUGAUGGCGAGUGAAGCCAAGGAGGAAUAUGAUGCCGUGGUGAUUGGCGGAGGUCCGGGAGGGUAUGUGGCUGCAAUCAAAGCUGCACAGCUUGGUCUCAAGACAGCCUGCAUCGAGAAGCGUGGUACCCUAGGCGGAACAUGCUUGAACGUCGGGUGUAUUCCAAGCAAGGCCAUGCUCAAUAACUCACACAAGUACCAUGACACCUUGCAUGAUCUCAAGUCGCGCGGAAUCGAAGUCGAGGGAGUUCAGUUGAAUCUUUCCCAGAUGCUCAAGGCGAAAGACACAGCGGUUACCGGUCUCACUAAAGGUAUAGAGGGGCUGUUCAAGAAGAACAAGGUCACAUACAUCAAGGGAUCCGGAUCGUUUGCUUCGCCAACCGAAAUCGAGGUUGCCCUUAAUGAAGGUGGAUCGACGACGGUCAGCGCCAAGAACGUGAUUAUCGCAACCGGCUCUGAGGUUACCCCAUUCCCCGGUCUUGACAUUGACGAAAAAUCGGUCGUUAGUUCGACGGGUGCGCUGGAUCUCCAGCAAGUCCCGAAGAAAAUGAUUGUCAUUGGUGGAGGGGUAAUUGGGUUAGAAAUGGGGUCGGUCUGGAGUCGAUUAGGAGCAGAAGUCACCGUUGUCGAGUUUUUGGGUGGGAUCGGAGGGGUUGGCAUUGACGAGGAAAUUGCUGCUUGGGGAGCUAAGACCGAUGGGGGUGUCAACUCGAGGUGGAGAGUGUCAAGGAUGGCAAGAAGGAAACGGUACGUUCCGGGCCGGAGAGACAGAUCCAUCAUCCUGACCUGGUCAUCUCGAAAACUUUGCCGAUCGGAAACCCCACCGAUCCGCUCUUUCCCGAAUGCGUUUAAACUCCUCGGCCCCACCUGCGGUCUUGCCGGUCUCUUCCUACAGCUCGAUGCAGAUGUUGUCCUUGUUUCCAUCGGAAGGCGGCCUUACACCAAGGGGCUGGGCCUGGAAAAGAUUGGAGUAGAAGUGGAUAAACGUGGAAGGAUCGUUGUUGAUGACCAAUUCAAUACGAGCGUUCCUGGUGUCAAGUGCAUUGGCGACGCGACGUUCGGGCCUAUGCUUGCUCACAAGGCCGAGGAAGAAGGGAUCGCGGCUGUCGAAAUCAUCAAGCAUGGUCACGGGCAUGUAAACUACAAUGCUAUUCCAAGUGUAGUCUACACGCACCCUGAAGUCGCAUGGGUAGGAAAGACCGAACAGGAGUUGAAGGCUGACGGCGUUGCCUAUAAGAUCGGCAAGUUCCCAUUCGCCGCAAACUCGCGUGCCAAGACCAACGCUGACCACGAAGGAGUUGUCAAGUUCAUCGUGGAAAAGGAGACUGACCGUGUACUUGGAUGCCAUAUCAUCGGACCCAAUGCUGGUGAGAUGAUUGCUAGCGCGGUAUUAGCGAUAGAAUAUAGCGCAAGUGCCGAAGACAUUGCCAGAACUUGCCACGCUCAUCCGACACUAUCCGAGGCCUUCAAGGAGGCUGCGAUGGCAUCAUAUGACGCACCGAUUCAUUUCUAA